GCGUCUCCCUCCGGCGGAGGAGGAGGAGGAGCAGGAGCUGCAAGGGUGAGGGAGCCGGCGAUGCGAGCCGGGCGGCUUCCUUGAACCCCGAGGCGGGCGAGCGAUGGCCCUGCUGGGCCGCCUGGUGCGGCGAUCGCCCUGGCUGUGCAACGUGGCGCUCUACGGGAGCCUCUUCGCGGCGGGCGACGCGGCGCAGCAGCGGCUCCGGCGCCGGCCGGGCCAAAGCGCGGACUGGACGCAGACGCGGCACGUGGCGCUGGUGGCGCUCUCCUUCCACGGCCACUUCAACUACGUGUGGCUGAGGGCGCUGGAGAGGCUGUUGCCCGGCCGGGCCCCCGGCGCCGUGCUGGCCAAAGUGCUGUGCGACCAGCUCAUGGGCGCGCCCGUCGCCGUGCUCGCCUUCUACACCGGCAUGAGUAUACUCCAGGGGAAAGAGGAUGUCUUUGCCGACUGCAGGGAUAAAUUUUGGAAUACCUAUAAGACUGGGCUGAUGUACUGGCCUUUUGUGCAGCUUUCCAACUUCAGCCUGGUUCCGGUGCAUUGGAGAACAGCGUACACUGGCCUGUGUGGUUUUAUCUGGGCAACUUUCCUGUGCUUUUCCCAACAAAGCGGUGACGGAACUGCAAAAUCAGUUUUCUUGUUGUUCCGAGGCAAGAAACCUGACACGGACGAGAUGCCGCCAGGGAAAUAAAUAUAUUGCUGGUGCAAAGCAUCCCUCACCUGUCAGGGAGUCAGCGAGAUGCGUUGGCAGAUGCCAGCUGCAUUUUUUAAGAGGGUGGUGAGAGUGUACGUGAAGGUAGAACUAAAAGUGAACAAAAUUGAGCAUUUAUGAAAUGGUACCUUGUUGCUGUGGGAAUGCACUCAGGUAACUUUUAGGGUUGUAUCUUAUUAAUGGGCAUGACUAACUUAGGCCCCUUAAUUUUAAUGCUUCUCCUCUGAGUGGGCUUUACUGUGGUACCUCUGAUUAAGAACUUAAUUUGUUCUGGAGGCCCGUUCUUAACCUGAAGCACCACUUUAGCUAAUGGGGCCUCCUGCUGCUGCUGCCGCGUCGCCGGAGCACGAUUUCUGUUCUCAUCCUGAAGCAAAGUUCUUAACCUGAGGUACUAUUUCUGGGUUAGCGGAGUUUGUAACCUGAAGCAUUUGUAACCCGAGGUACCACUGUAAUUGGCUGCCACCCAUCCAUUCUGCCAGUGCUAUUUUUCUAGAAAAAGAGGUGCUGGAGCUCACCAUGAACACCUCCCUUGUUCUCUUAGAAUGGCAAUGCGCCUACCUGAGAAGUGCCGGAACUGAGUUCUAGCGAAUUCCGGCAGAAAAAAAAGCCCUGCAUUCUGCAAAGAUUACUUCUCUUUUAUUUCAGUUGUGGAUUUGAGGGUUCAGUGUGUGCCUGUAGAAUUCGGGAACAUAAAAAAUGUGAACUACCAAUCUAUGGUUUAGGGCAGGAUUGAGGAAGCUCUGUCUGGCUCUCAGGACUUUUCCUGUACUGCACUCCCCACCCCAGUCACACUCUCUUCCCCCAAAACGAUACCCUUCGCUGUAGCUCCUUGAGUGAUUUUGCUUUGCUGCGAUGUGUUAUUGAACUCUGAUCAUGCCUCUUGUUUGACUGGAUGAAGGCUGUGUGCGUAUAAACUACCCGGUUGCACAAAGGUAAAACUUAACAUUUGUUGCCACACCCACAUUUGUUCUGGCCCUGCCCACUACCAGCAUGUGACUCCUAAAAGGUUAUCCAGAAGGGAAUACGGCCCCCGGGCUGAAAAAUGGUUCCCCACACCUGGUCUGGAGAGAUAUAGUCCAUUGCAUUGCCUGAUUUGGGUCUUUGUUGUGCUUCAUGUGUAAAUCCAGUCUGAUGCAUGGUUGCAUCCUGCACAGUUGUAAUUCAGCCUGUCAUAACAACAAACAACAACAACAACAACAACAACAACAACAUAUUAUUAUUAUUAUUAUUAUUAUUAUUAUUUUUUAUACCCCACCCAUCUGACUGGGUUGCCCUAGCCACUCUGGGCAGCUUCCAACAAUAGAUUAAAAACACAUUAAAACAUAAGUCAUUAAAAACUUUCCUAAACAGGGCUGCCUUCAGAUGUCUUCUAAACAUCAGGUAGUUGUUUAUUUCUUUGACAUCUGAUGGAAGUAAGGGCCUAUCCAAACUUGCCUUUUGCCCCACUCUUUUUUCAGCCAGAGGUCCACACUUUAAUCCUCUGUGUAUGAGUGUUUGUUUGUUUGUGCCCCUCCCCAGCUUUUCACAUGAAAACUCACUCUUUGAAGCUGAAUCGGAGCAAACAUCAGCUUGGGCUUUUACUGCAGAUUGAGAUUUGCUCUGAUUGAGCUUUAAAAAGCAGAUUUUUUGCGGAGAAAGCUCUGGAGCAAAAAACACAGUGUUCAGAUACAGAACUUUAAAUGGCAUGCCAUGCCUGGAAAGAAUGGAGGUAAGGUAAGUGUGGAUAAGCCUUAGAUUCCUAGUUGUUACAUGGCCAUAUGUUUUUGCCUUUGACUGCAGUCAACUCCUGCCAUCCUUGCCCAUUGGCUAUUCUGAUGGGAGUUGGAAUAUGACAGUGUCUGAAAGGCAGCAUGCUGACUUCUCCUGGAGUAAAGCCUUGGAGAAGUCCUGCAUGAACACCUUGAUCCACCUGAAGUCCAGGGGAUUAACAACCCGCCCCUAAUAGGUUUCACAUGUAUUGAUUUAUUUUUAAUCUGUCCCUCCAGCUUAGAGAGGGUGAAGUCUGGUAGCAAUUUCCGUUCUGCAGUUUGCCCAAGCAGUUCGAUGUUCUGAACAGUCUUUCCAAGGUCGUUUUCCUCCAACCAAAAGCGCACAAAAGUGUUGCUAUUCUUAUUUUUAUCUAUUUACACCCUGUCGUUUUCUCUGACAGGACUCAAGGCAGCUUACAAAUAAAAACAAUGAUCACUAAAAACAGAAAAAAAACAAAUUUAAAAAAUAAGCACUAAUAGAAUUAAAACUAUGUACAUAUAUAAAACCUGUUCAAAACAUACAAAGAAUGACAAUAAAAAUAUUAAUGGUGGCUUGGAGAAAGCCUGCAGUUUUAGUUAAAAAUACGCAGACUGAGAAGCCCUGGUUAAGAAAACGCUCUGUGGAAUCUCAGUUUCUGCCAUUAUGCCUCAUAAGCAACAAUAACUGAUAUUGCAGACAGAAUGCAGCACCCUAUGGCUCUAGUCCUUUAGGUUAUUAAAAUCAGGUUGAAAAUAACGUGGGAAAUGCCAAGGGAAAUUGUGAGGGCUGGGCAGGGUCUUUAGUAGGCAGGGUGGGCCAACUAGAAGAUUAAAAAGAUUGCCAACCUGUUUUGGCAGCUGCUAGUUCCAGUCUCCAGUGCAGGAAUGGGGAACGUUUUUCAGCCCAAGAACUGCCCAGGAUGGGCAGGGCCGGAUACAAAAGGAGGUGGAGCAACGGAUGUAAAAUUUUACCUUCAGAAUACAGUAGGCUAUAUUCUAGCCACACAAAAACCAACUCACCACAUGUAUGCAUCUAGGAGUUUUCAGGUGCUAUCCUGGCAUCUUCAUUUAAAUGGAUCUCAAGGCUGGGGGGGAAACCCCUGCCUCGAAGCCUAAAGAACUACUAUAAUAAUAAUAAUAAUAAUAAUAAUAAUAAUAAUAAUAAUAAAUAUUUAUACCCCGCCCAUCUGGCUGGGUUUCCCCAGCCACUCUGGGCAGCUUCCAACAGAAAAAUGAAAUAAAAUAAGCUAUUAAACAUUAAAAGCCUCCCUAAACAGGGCUGCCUUAAGAUGUCUUCUAAAAAUCUGGUAGCUGUUUUUCUCUUUGACAUCUGAUGGGAGGGCGUUCCACAGGGCAGGCGCCACCACCGAGAAGGCCCUCUGCCUGGUUCCCUGCAACUUGGCUUCUCGCAAUGAGGGAACCGCCAGAAGGCCCUCAGUACUGGACCUCAGUGUCCAGGCAGAACGAUGGGGGUGGAGACGCUCCUUCAGGUAUACUACUGACUUUCAUUGUAGUGGCUGGAUGGCCUAAUGCAGGCAUAGACAAACUUGGCCCUCCAGAUGUUUUGGCUUACAACUCCCAUGAUCCCUAGCUAGCAGGACCAGUGGUCAGGGAUGAUGGGAAUUGUAGUGCCAAAACAUCUGGAGGGCCAAGUUUGCCUAUGCCUAGCCUAAUGGACGGGGUGAAUAAAAAGCCGUUUCAUAUAUAAAGAAUAAUUUGAAAAACUAGCAUAUUUUUGUCCUAGGAUUCAGAUGUGAUAUAAUGAUAAUUUGUUCUAGUUGAGAGCAUGUUUUGUUGAUUUUCGAUUAUAUAUUGUAAUCCGUUUUAUUAAAAAAGGAGUAAUUCAUGAAUGGCAAAGGACACAUUUCAUUCAGAAUCAUGAAAGGCAGGAAGCAAAGGACAGAGGUCAGUUGGUUCAUGAAUGGAAAACAGUGUUCUCCUGUCUUAAGACUCAUCCCUGCUCUUGCCCAGGUCCCAUUAAUUUCAACAGAGAUAGUACAACAGAACUUCCAGGUCAACUGCACCUCCAAAAUGACAUCAUUUAUAAGUAACAAAUAUACCCCUUGAUACGCCAGUGUUUAAGAUCAGGGUUCCCAUUUCAUGAGUCACAAGUGUGUUAUUGAUCAGACAACUGAAGGUCAGUAUAUUCAGCAAAUUGUUUGAUUUUUGCUUCUAUUUAUUCCUGUGCAAAGGAGGCCAGUUGCUCGUUAUUUCUCUCUUACAGUCUUUCUCUGUGCCGCAGGGCCAUUUCUCGAGGGAUUGAAGUGGCUUGCUUAUUACAGGGCAGCACAAACAUUUGCCUAUCACAGCAGCUAACCUCACAGUGGAGAAACAUUAACUGUAUAAUUUAAUUUUAUAGCAGAGUUUAAUUGCUCAGAUGGAAGGCGGGUGGAAUAUUGAGUCAUCAGUGUUCUCCUUGCUAAUUAUUAAAAUUCCUUGUGAAUUAUGCUUCCCCCUCUCCUGCAAUGUACUUGUACUGGAAAAGCAAGGCAGCAUGGGUUCUGUGCAAAGCUUGCAAGAUCCUUUCAUGAGGACCAAGAAAACAUGGUGUAAAAAAUUUAAUCUUUAGUCUCAUUCUGCUUCAGCAUCUGGGCAGAAACGUAGCCCAACUUUCUAAAAAACCUGUUUCAUCUGUUUUUGUUGACCCAUAUGUUUCCCCCCCCCAAAUGAAUGGUGCUUUCUCUCUUUCUCUAACGAUAGUGAAGUAAUUAAAAAAAUUGUAUUAUUUAUUAUACAGUUUUAAACUACUGACUCUGAUCUGCUGCUGCUUUCAACUGCAGUAUUGCUGCAGAUAUGUGAAAUACUGCAGUUAUGACAGAAUAGUUAAUAUACAAUGACAUUCUCAAUCAUUUUAAUAGUUUAUUAAGUGUUUUAGGUUUUUUAAAAAAGAAAAAUCUCUGUAUAUGUACACUGAUUCCUUCUAUUUGUUUCAAAGUAAAUAAACUGGGUGGGGGUCCUGAUAGCUAAAGAGAAUAUAAACCUUCUGCCUCAAGUAACCUGAAAAUUAUGUGGGGGUUUUAAUGUGUUUUGGAAGCUUUGUUGUAUUGCAUUCUGUUGGGUUUUGGGGUGUGUGUUUUUGGGUGGGUUUUUUUUUUUUGCCUUGGGUGGACAUGGUCCGGAAAGGCAGCAUAUAAAUGUUUUUAAUGAUCAAGAUAAUAAAACUA